AUGAAUUCAUCGAAAGCUGAAGCUGAAAAUAUCGAACCAUCCGCUGGCAAAGAAAUGCUUGAUAAAUACUGGGCUGAGAUUAAAACUGAAAUCGACGAUAUCAAUAUUGUCGAAUUUCGUACCACUGAUCUUCCAUUGGCACGUAUAAAGAAGAUCAUGAAAUUAGACGAUGACGUAAAAAUGAUUAGUGCCGAAGUUCCUAUACUGUUCGCAAAAGCAGCAGAACUGUUUAUUCAAGAGUUGACGAUUCAUUCAUGGCUACAAACUGAAGAGAGUCGACGUCGUACAUUACAAAGAAAUGAUGUCGCUGCAGCAAUUUCGAAAAAUGAACUCUUUGAUUUUCUUAUCGAUAUUGUUCCACGAGAAGAAGCAACAAAGACACAUAAGAAGAAAGACUCCGUUAGUGAAGUACAAUAUAUUGUUACUUUGCCAACAUCGACCGGUAUGGGUAACACAAUUCAACUACCAAACGGUCAAAUUAUUCAAUUACCUCAAAAUCUCUCGUCGAAUAUUGUUACUAUGGCAAGUCCACAAGGCACUCAGCAACAAUAUACUCUUGGACCCUAA